CGUAGCAGCACUGAUAUAUUUUGUCUCAUCAAGAAAUUUCGUUUUAUUUUCACUAUCCCUCCAAAACGGUUGUGCAUUCCAAAUUGUGCGCGAAAGCAGUUGUUGCAAAUUCGAGUGCGUUAUUUGUGCGAAGCGUUACAACGCGCUGCUGUCAUUCCCGUCCUGUCAACCCCGACCGACCAGAACGGACUGGUGCCUGGAAGAAAAAACAGCGAAAAAUAUUCGUGUCCGCGCAACAAAAAGGAAAACUGAAAACAUUAUCCAACGCGACGAAAAAAAGGGUGUACGCUUUCCAUUGCCGUAACCGUAGUGCGCGCUGGUGCUAAGAUCUAUGUUUGCAGCAUAUUGCACCCGCCCGUACCAGUGCAAUUAUAAAUAGUUUUCAGCGAGCGAACUGCUGCUGCUGCCGCUGCAUCUGUCCAGGAGGAGGGGCCCAUCGGAAUCUUUGUCACACGGACGCGCUUACAAAAUGGCCCGCUCGAUAAGUCCCGGAGGCUACUCGAACUACGACGACGAUGCGAUGUUUCAGAACGCCGCCUUUACGCACGACAUCAGCGAACAGAUGCGAGUGCCGAAGCGCAUCCGGGCGACCGGGGACUACUACGACGACCAGGACCUGCUGCCGAACGGCAAUGGUGAGAUAAACUCGUGGAACUACCACAACAAGAUCGAUAUGACCGUACCGGACCGUAUCGUAGUGCUUGGUCAGGAUCAGCAUUUGGUUCUUACAUCAGGCACCAAAUCGGCCCCACGGGAAAUAAUGCUGGAGAACUCCAUCCUGCCGAAGGAUCCGGGGUUUGUGCGCGUUUCGACGCCGCCCCGCGUAAUCACACUUUCGGAGCAUCACUUUCCGUCGGCCUCGGACGAACCGGAAGAGAACGCCAAAGACAACUACCAGGAGGAUAACUAUGGGCCGGCUUCGCUCGAGUCGAUCGAAGAUCCGAACAGCAGCAAUGCUUACUUCUCCCGGCCAUCGUUAGCGCACGGCCGGGAACCGUCUAAACGGUCCGCAUUUUCAAAGUACAACAAUGAGCUUACGCUGACCAGAAGCAUGCGCGAAGAAACACCAACCUUCGGUGGUAGUGUCGAAAACUUGACACCCUCAGAGGAGCUCACGCAUCUAAGGCGCCAGGUGGCUAAAAUAAAUCGACGCCUACUGGCGGUCGAGAUUGAUUCGGUACAAAGGCAGCAGCGCGAGAAAAUUAUCUACUGCGUAGGGAUGGCUUACUUCCUGUUCAAAACCUUCAUGUGGCUCAGCCGGAAGUAAGUCGAGCGGUUCAAUCCGCGACCCAAUUUUCUCUGGUGGCCAUGCAUAGCUGUGUCCAUCGGAAAAGCGUACGAGGGGGAAUGUAAUGUACUAACUCCAACAUAAUGGAUGGAGCCCGACAAAUGGCACACAAGCAAGCACCAUACCAUAACCAUUCAUCAGAAACCUUUGUUGGAGGUCGUCAUCUACACACAAGGUGCAAGGACGAGUCAGAGCAGGCCGUGAGCUCUUUGUUCUGCAGCAAUGGUGCAAGUGCGAUAGUGGAAAGCAUGUUGUUUAUUUGGUUUGUGUACAUGAAUACACGGGGACGGGCGAGGGGUGUGUUAAAAUAUUGGCGUUUUCAAAAGGGAAUUGGUAAACUGAUAGUGAGGAGCGUGAUUUAACAACAACAACAAAAAACAUUGUUCUGUACGAUUUAGUAGAAGAAGCUAAAGUAUUUCCACAAAAAAUUGAGUGCUAGUUGAUUAGAUUUCCCGUUUGAUUUACGUUCUGUGAGAGUAGAAGACACAAAAAGGGUAGUAUUUUUACACAUUUUUUUAUAUUCCUCUUUUUUUUUUUGCACUGACCCUCGAGAACGAUAAAGAAUGGUUCUGUAUCGAUGAUAUUUGCGUUCAUUUUAAGUUAUUCCACGAAGCUUAAACACACGAACGAGAUAGGAUUAAUAAAACUCAUGAUGUAGCAUGCAAAGUUGCAGAAAAUAUAUAAAUAUCGUUACGAAUAAAAAAAAAGCAUGCAAAUCGUUGUCCCUUAUCUCGAACGAAACAUCUGCUCCGAAAAUAGAUAGCAGGAUAGAGGAUCAAUGAUAAGGGCUCAGGAGUGCAGUGUUCGGUGGCUAAAGUCGGUGCUCAGACCAAACCGAAGCGAGUGUAUCUAGUUGUGUCUAAAAAAGGAACAUGCUAGUUCAAUGAACCCCCCCCACUGGACUACGAGUUGACGGCAAUGAAACGGGGGCCCUGAGCCACAUAUGGAAAUCGCCUGUUCCAAUACACAGCUUCCUGUAAAUUUUACGCAAAAACUGAUCAAAUCUGCUUUUUAAUGAAUAUAUUCAUCUACUGGUUAGUUAAAUGAAGCGUUUUGAAGCCAA